AUUUAUAUGCCUAUAUAACAUAAAUCUCAUAUGUAGAUAUGUUUAAUACGUGUGUAUGAAAGAAUACAUGAAAGAAUACCAAAUAAAAAAAAAAUAAUAAAAAAAAAGAAUAAAAAAAAAGAUUAUUUUCUUCCACGCAUAAUAGUGCAAGUUAUGUACUCACCAAAAUAUCUGUAAUGUGCAUACAAGCAAACUAAAUAACUACACCUGCUAACAUUGUGUGUAAGACAUAAACAUGUCACCAAUUUCUCAACAACAAUAAUAUAAAAAGAAGGUAUUAAAGAAAAGUGAAAAAAAAAAAAAAAUAAAAUAAGUAAAAAAGGAAUAGUGAAGAGAAAAAGUCGAAGCCUUCGCAAUACCCAUCAUACCGGCUAUCAAUUAUUUAAAAUAAAUUGCCUUUCAAUUUGUUCUCGCUUACUGAACGGAUGCAGUGUUUGCAAUAAAAAGUGUUUUGCAACAACUAUGUGAUAUGUUUGAUGUGAUAGAUGGAAUUGAAUUGAAUUGAAAUGCAUCACUUGCAACAACUGAAUUAGAAGACGAAGAAAGACAAGAAGUACUACUUACAUCGCCUAUAUGGGAUAAGAAAUGUUAAUCGCAUUAUGUUAAGCAAAAAUUAAUGGCAAAAGAAUCCAUAAAUAAGAGAGAAAGAAACUCAACCAGUCAGCCAGUAUUCGAACAAAGUGAUCAUUUCAUGUACAAUUAAACAAUAAAUAUUUCAUUCCAGUAAACUGUACUUUAAAAACGAAUAUAUAUGGAGUAAUUUUCUAACCAAUAAAAACAACAACAACAACAACAACAGUUGCGAAAUUAAGAUAUGAUUUACAAUUCAUAUGUUUUUGCAUAUAUACCGUAUAUGUAGUUGCUAUUAAAAUUAAUAUUUUUUGUAUUUGUAAAGCCGUUAUGCGAAAGGAGCCAUUGAAAAUCAAUCGCGAGAGAUUUUCAGCACCGUAUCUGAAUGAAUAGAAGAGAGUAAGAUUUUAAUUGUGCAACGAAUCCCAUUGUUAUUAAUUGCACUGCCGGUGUUAACAUCCCAAAUAUGAAAGCCAAUUCUCUCUUCACAUCCAUGUAUGUUGCAGCUGUUGGAGGAAAAGCUAUUUAAGAUUUUAAUCUUUCAAAAAGCAAGAAAAACGAAAAAAAGAAAAAACAAAUAAAAGUGCGGUCGUAAGUUGUAGGUGAAAGAGAAGACGGCAAUUUUACGCUGGAGGAGUCGCACAAAUAAUGAAGCUCAGCAGCAGCACGUCGUGUGGUUGCCGUUUUUGCUGCUGCUGCUAUUGUUGGAUAAUAAUGCUGUUAAUAUUUUCAAGCAUUGUUUAUGUUUCACCUGUUAUGACUAAUGUAAAUAACAACAACCAUAACAACGAUUAUUUUCAACUACAAGAACAACAGCAGCGACAAUUGAAAACUAAAUCUACAACGAUGAAAGUAAAAACCCCCCCAACACAUACACACACAACCCCUACUACUAAUUAUAUGCGAGCAGCCUCUAAUUGGUUCGAUUCGAAAACGUAUGAAGCGAUGCAUUCAUUUGCAAUGAAGGAGAGAAGAGAUGCACCGAAAACAUUAGCUGUAAUACCUGAAUGGACUACUUUUACAAUAUUCACAACAGGAAGAAGAUUUUUUACACCUUUCACGACCACUGUUACUGUACACUCUAAGGCUACUACUAGUACAACUAUCAGUAACGAUAUCAGCACUGAAACAGUAUCUAUUUCCACUAUGACAGCAACUAAAUCUCGGGAACAAUACUUUAUAAGCGAAGAGUCUUCUGCAAUGACGAACGGGGUUUUCAUUAUGGCAAGCGAUGAAAUGCAAUCUAAAGAAGGUCAAAAGACACUGCACAAUAGUAUUAAAAGUCAUAACAAUAUCCGAUUUAUAAAACCAACAGGUAGUUAUAUUUGUGCAACAAAAACGACAACAAAAAAACGUGAUGAAAUUAGCAACCUUAACAAUAGCACAACCCAGACAAGUAUUAUUAGUAAUACAAGCAACGGUGAUGACGCAACAACAAUUCCCAGUCUCAGUCAAAUUACACAUGAUGUUGGUCAAAGAAAUUUGAUAGAGAAGCCAAUGCAAAGGCUCACAAGACAUCAGGAUGAUAAGGCAAUAACAAUUCCAUUACAAUCAAUACCUUUGUAUUCCAUAACGAUAGAACGGCAACAACAGCACCGGCAAAAUACAGAAAAUGGGAAUAAUAACAAAGAUAAUGAUAGACAAGACGUAGCAACUUUAACAACAGCAUCAGCAUCAGCAUCAGCACCAUCAUCAGCAUCAACAUCAGCAUCAACAUCAACAUCAGCAUCAACAUCAGCAUCAGCAUCAAGAACAAUAACAAUAACAAAGGCUUCUAGAAGCACGCAAAUAGAAAGGUAUAUAAAAAUAAUCUUAAUCAAAGGGCAUUUUUAUGUUUACGCUUACAACAACAACGUUAAUAAAAGCAGCGAUAAAAAUAAUAUGCUUGCUUUGUUAAGAUUAUCCUAUUUUCGUAGGAAAGAAACUGCAAUACAACCAGUGAAUCAAUUGAGGCGACCUAUGAUGGUAACGACGACGACAACAACAUCGUCAUUACUGCAACGUUAUGCACGUCAGGCAGCAGAUGCCGAACAGAAUGAUAAGUGUCGUAUGUUCGUGGAAGGAGAUCCUGCGAAAAAUGAAUUCUAUAGCCCCGAAUUCCCCAAUAAUUAUACGAAAAACAUUAACUGCACACGAGUGAUUGUAGCUCCGAAGGGACAAAUAAUACGUUUGGAUUUCCGCAAUUCAUUUCACAUAGAAUACAAGGAGGAGUGUAAAUUUGAUUUUUUAGAGAUACGUGACGGACAGUAUGGUUUCUCAAAUUUAAUCGGGAAAUAUUGUGGCAGAACUUUCCCACCGGAGAUAACAUCGAAAGAGCGUUACUUAUGGUUGCAUUUUCAUUCAGAUGAAAGCAUUGAAUAUCAAGGUUUCACGGCUGUCUACGAAUUCAUCGAUAGGAAUCGUGACGCACCCAGCACUGAUUUGAAUUGUACAAUUGAAAAGGACGGCUUUGAGGGCUUCAUUAACUCAACAGAUGUGCCUCAAGAGAUAAGGGAGACUGUCAUACGUAAUAAGAUACCAUUAGAUUGUAUGUGGCGUAUACAAGUGCAGGAUAAAUGGAAGAUACAAGUGACAUUUUUGAAUUUCAAAUUAAGCAAACCUAAUGACUGCGAAGUAAAUUUCCUCGAUAUUUUUCCUGAACAAACUGUUAUGCCCAUGAGAGUGAAAAACUUUUGUGGCUCUGCUGGUGAAGGCAUCACUUCGGAUUCAAAUAUAUUGCAUAUGCGGUUUUAUGCUGAGCAAAUUGCCAUCAAUUCAACUUUUUCCAUUUUGUUUACUGCUUUUAGGGAUCGCGGCAGCGGAGGUUGCUUAGAAGGUGAAUACGAUUGUGAAGAUGCGACUUGCAUAGACGGCGAUCUACGUUGCAAUGGACGAAGUAAUUGUAAAUUCCUUUGGGACGAGGAAGGUUGCAAGACGGGUACCGAUGGCCAAAAGGAACACAUGAUUAUUAUUAUCACAGUAUUUGGUUUAAUAUUGGGUGGCAUGGUGAUAACAUUCCUCGUGAAUUGUAUACGAAAAAUUAUGCACGAUCAAAAGAUAAUACGGCAACACAUACGUCAAUCUAAAGAGAGUAAAUUAGACGAAAUGGGUCGGCAUUCGAAAGCACGUUCUCGUGACAAUCUAUCCGCAGUAGUUUCACCUAGGCAAAAGCACUCGCAGACCUCAUUACAAAUACUCGACGAUGUUUCCAACCGUUAUUAUCGUGAAGUGGAAGCCAUUGCAGUGCAAUCAGCAAAAGAAAAAGACCACAGCAUAUUGCGUCACCAACAACAUGAUAUGAUUGUACAAACUAGUCUCUACAAUACCGAUGAUUCCUCGACAAGUACCAUUACCGCACCACCGCAACCGCCACAGCGACCUACACAAUCAACAGCAACAGUAACACAAAUUCCGCAUCCCAGAGCUUGCGACAUGAGUUGCCAGACAAGGGAAUCGCUAUUUGCUACUUCGACCUUCUUGCGUCAAAAAUCAAAAACAUCUAUUCUGAAUGGCAAUGGUGGUGGUGGUGGCAGCAGUACUGAUGGACGAAGUGAUAGAGGGACUAUCGAAAGUGUGCCACCACCGCCACGUUUUUCUACGUUUGGCUACGAAACGCAACAAAAAGUUUCUGCCCCCACAGCCCCAUUGACAGUAACAGCCGUGUCGCGACGCAAUAUGCACGUGCCACAAGAGUCCAUAGAACUGAAGCAAAGACAUAGUUCAUUACUGCCACAACAUCAACUACAACAGCAUCAUCAUCAGCAGCAACAAUAUCAACAACAACAACAACAGCUACAGCAACAUCAACAGCAACAGCAACAACAACAGCUACAACAACAACAACAACAACAACAGCAACAUCAACAGCAUUUAUAUCAUCGAGCACCGCAAGAACUGUGUCAUCAUCAUCACCAACAUCAACAGCACUUACAGCAAAAGCAACAAACACUGCCGCAUUGUCAACAACGUCAACAUAUACCGCAACAGCAACAACAUCAUCAUAUUCCCGCGGCUAACGUAUCCAAUGUACCAAGCACAACAAACGCCGUUGCAACGGCGAUAUCAGCAGGUCACAGAGCUAUUGCUGCUGAUACCGGUAAAAGUAAACCAACAAAAACUGACGAAUCGAAAGUAUUCAUCGAUAUUAGAAAUUCAGCGCCCGAUGUUAUCAUAAUGACAUCACAUUGACAAUUAAGGAAUUUUAAUGACGGCCAUAAUAACUACGCAGACGAUAUAGUUGUUAUUCUCUCACCCGAGAUGAUAUCAUUAGUUCUCUAUUCUGGCUCAUGUCUAGACUUCUUGUUUUGUCAAAUUAAAUUUCGAUAUUUUUUUAUUGCCAUAACUGAUACAGACAACAAAACCCAGAUAUUGGCUUAUUGCUGACACAGCCAUCAACACUACUCUUGCUUGUAACGUAGUAUUGUGCUUGUCGGAUAUUCCUUUUGCAUCUCGUAUAUAACUUCUUGCGCUGUUCGUGUCAUCAUCAUGCAGUUCGCUUAGUAACACCCUGCACCCCUCACAUGAAAUGGUUCGUUCGUCCCUUUUCGCUACUCUUUUUUUAGCUAUCAUCUCAUUGUCACAGUUUACAAAGCAAUUAUUAAUAACAAGCAACAUCGUUUUUGCCAACGUCUGCUGUUACUUUUGCUUUUGUAUUAUGUGUAUGUGUGCUUCUGCGUAUAUGUGCGCACACACAUAUAAGCAUUCGUCCUUUCAUAUUCGUACAUGUGCAUCGUUUUGUACUCUCGAAACAGAAAAAGUGAAUAUGUUAUAUGCACUGACAAACGCAGGGACGCCUCGCUUGUUUGUUCCUUAGUUUAUCCGUACGUUGGAAUGUGGUGGACAUGAUUCAUAUAAAUACCAAAAAACGAAAAAAGAAAAUAAAAAUAAAAAAAUAAAAAAAUAUGUUGAAUAAAGAAUAAAGCGACAAUUUGCAUGAUAUCCAUGCGGCAUUUGGAGUGCAUUCACGUACGCACGCAUGCUAAACAAGAUCGUAUAUAAAGCGAGGGUACUUAUGUUAAAAUUCUAUUAGCUUACGAAAAUCAAACUUUGUUUGGUUUUAAUUGGGCUGAAAAAGCAUUUUUUUGUAGAACUCUGUGUACUCUGCUAUAACUGUCGUCUUCUAACUUUAUUACCGAAAUAUUUGGCAUAACUUUUAAAUCAUUGCACAUAAAAAUCUUGCUUUCUUGAUCGGAAAUUGAUAUUUCAAUGCGUGUACAUAAGUAAAUGUGUACUUAAAAAAACGUAAAUUCUUUAUAGCAAUUGUGAUGCGAUGAAAAGUGAAUAUUGACAGUUUUUGUGCUAUAAGCCGAGAGAGAGGACAUCAGAAAGGACAUUAUCAGCAUGUUCUGCAUGUCUGCGCCUGGGAAUGUGACAAGUCAUCGAACUGGACGGAUUGUUGAUCUGACAAUUGCAUUUUGCACAUAAUCUUAUCCACAAAUAUUGAUGCGAAAAACAUUUUGCCACUCAUUUAAAACAUAUGCAAGCAUGUGAUGCCAAUAAACCUGCUUGCGAAUGACCAUAACUUCGCGUACAUAAGUUCGCCUACGUACAUUUCCAUCUGUUGUUUCCAUCGUAUGUCAAGUCUGAAGGGUAAGUGCACGAGUGCUUACAUAUUAUGCGGUAUAUAUUGUUUAUUUGCACAAUUUGCUUCUUUUUUUUUCUCUCUCUCUCUUUUUUAAAUCCCUUCUGCCAAAAAGUUUCAGAACACCGUACAGUCAAACAGAAUAACGCCAUCGAAUAUUCAAGAUAAUACAUUCAUUGUUGUCACCAAGGGGUAAAGAGAUAUUUAUUUUCUUUUGUCAUUUUAUUCAUAAUAACCCCAAGUUCCAUUUAUCUGUCCGUGAUUUAUUGUUGGAUCCUGUAACACGUUCACAAUAGAUCAAAGCUAAAAGUAUGCCUUAAGAAUUUCAAUACGAUUUCAUCGAUGCGUCAACACGUUGAAGUUAAAAUUCGUUACAAAUGUUCCCGCAAGUCCGAUAAAAAAAAGAAAAAAACAACAAUAUGACAAUGAUUCCAUUGCUAAAAAAGACAACAAAAAAUAUUAACUAUAUGUCGCAUAGCCGAUAGUAGACAGGAAUCGCGGCUAUCACGUUGACGCUCGUGGUUUUAAGUCUUGAGCUUACUUGGCAUAAUACUGACCGCUUGGAGGCUGCGUAAGGCUGCGUCCACUUCUCGUCUCUUCCCUCUUUCCUCUUUCUUCUUUCCUUUUCCCCACUUUCUCCUGAAUAUCACGCAUAGAGGACAACCUUUGAGUGAUUGUUUAUAUUAAUGUUCAGCCGAAAAGUGCCCCAUGCUAUUUAUCUUGGGAUAAUUUUCUAUAAUAAAAAAAAAAAAAAAAAAAAAUUCGAGUCUAUUGAAGUUAAAAA